UAUUGUAGGUGAUGAUGAUGGCGGGAAGCUUUUUACCCCUGAGGAAUAUGAAGAGUACAAAAGAAAAGUAUUACCAAUUCGGUUACAGAACAGGUUGUAUGUGAGCUGGAGAUCUCCAGCUGGCAUGGACUGUAAGCUCGUGGGACCAGAGAUGCUCUGCUUUUGUACUCACCGGUAUAAGCAACACAAAACGGACUAUGAAGUGAUCCCCGAAGACCGUCCUAUUUCUGUGCCUUGCAGAGUGAGCCGUUGUCUGUGCCAGUCCUAUCACUAUGUCCCUUUAAAUGGCACACAGCCCAUCCGCUGUAGAUGCAAACACUUUGCUGAUCAGCACAGUGCAGCACCUGGAUUUUCAUGUAACUCUUGUUCCAAGUGUUCAGGCUUCUACAGCUGCUUUACCUGUGCGUGUGGUCAGCCAACAUAUGCUCAUGAAACAGUUGUGGAAACUAAACAAGAGCGCUUAGCCCAAGGAAGGCCUGUGGGGCUGGAUGUUCCUUAUGCUGCUAUGGGAGGACUGACUGGUUUUAGUUCACUAGCAGAAGGCUACAUGAGACUUGAUCCCAGUGGAAUAGGGAGUCCUUCUGCUGAACUUCUAGAAUCCCCUGUUACCAGCAUGGAUCGUCCAUUUCUGAAAGCGUUUCAGGGACCUUCUAGUUCUGCUCAAACCAUCCCACAGACAGCAGGGGGUUCUAGUGCCACAAAGCAAGUUUCUCAUGGAAGGCAUUCAGAAGAUGAUGACAUGGCUUACUUUGAAAAACGUCAUCAAGAACAGCUGAAAAAGGGAAAGGCUGCUAAACGGAAAGAUAAAAGUCCAGUGCCAUCACAGAAGCCACGAGAUGAAUAA